GACGACGCUGCUUGUGUCACCAUGGUGACGGGGCUGUGCCCAGGGAGGUUGUGAUGGGUUGACAGGUGCGUGACAAUCGGAGCUCUCUGCAAGCAUGUACGCCAAAGGCAAGAGUAGCAACGUGCCGUCCGACAGCCAAGCCAGAGAAAAGUUAGCUCUGUAUGUGUACGAGUACCUGCUGCAUGUAGGAGCACAGAAGUCAGCACAGACCUUUCUCUCAGAGAUCCGAUGGGAGAAGAACAUCACAUUAGGAGAGCCUCCGGGGUUCCUCCACUCAUGGUGGUGUGUUUUCUGGGACCUGUACUGUGCGGCUCCAGAGAGAAGAGACACAUGUGAACACUCCAGUGAGGCCAAGGCCUUCCAUGACUACAGUGCUGCAGCAGCUCCCAGCCCCGUCCUUGGGAACCUUCCCCCAGGAGAGGGCAUGCCAGUGGGGCCAGUCCCUCCAGGAUUCUUUCAGCCAUUUAUGUCACCUCGAUACCCUGGAGGACCCAGACCACCCCUCAGAUUACCCAAUCAGGGACUUGGAGGAGUCCCAGGUGGCCAGCCUAUGUUACCCAGUGGAAUGGACCCUACAAGACAGCAAGGACAUCCAAACAUGGGAGGACCAAUGCAGCGGAUGACUCCACCCAGAGGCAUGGUACCACUAGGGCCACAGAGCUAUGGAGGUGGGAUGAGACCACCACUGAAUGCCCUGGUUGGUCCUGGGAUGCCCGGCAUGAACAUGGGACCUGGUGGGGGUAGACCCUGGCCAAAUCCUCCAAACUCCAAUUCGACCCCUUACUCUUCUGCGUCUCCGGGAAGUUAUGUGGGACCUCCAGGAGGAGGGGGGCCACCUGGGACCCCAAUAAUGCCAAGUCCAGCAGAUUCAACCAACUCUGGCGACAACAUGUACACUAUGAUAAACACAGUCCCUCCUGGUGGAAGCCGACCAAAUUUCCCUAUGGGUGCAGGUGGCGACGGCCCAUUAGGGGGAAUGGCUGGAAUGGAGCCCCAUCACAUGAAUGGAUCAUUAGGGUCAGGUGAUAUGGACAGUCUCCCCAAGAACUCUCCUGGUAGCCUAAGUAUGAGUAACCAGCCCGGGACCCCCAGGGAGGAUGGAGAGAUGGGAGGAAACUUUCUUAACCCUUUUCAGAAUGAAAGUUAUUCUCCAAACAUGACGAUGAGUGUGUGAAGACUCUGGAAGCAGGUUUGGUCAGUCGCUCAGUGAAAAAGCAGUGAGACAGGAAGUGAUGUCAUCUAGGCCAGUGACUCUUCCUCCACCACCACCUGCCUAGUCAGGACAGUUGCCCGAGGCUCCGUCCUUCUACUACCCCUCAACCCAUCCCAACUCCAUUAUUUCUGUCCACAUCUCCUCUCUCCUGUUUCUUCUCCCGUUCUAAGUGGUGACUCUGCUACAUUCAUCAGUUCUUCCUCUGCAACUAUGAGACUGUACAAAGGAACCAAAUUGAAACAACCCGGAGGAGAACUCUUUGUAUAUUUGCAUACAGUGUGUAUGAGACUGUGCGUACACUCCAGUCACAGACAGAUGUCUCGGCCUUUUGCAUCAUAUCGCGGUGUUCAUGCUCAAAAACAAAAGGCCAGUAUCCUAUUUAUCCUAAAGUUUAAAUUUUCAAGGAUUUAAAGAGAUAUAGACACUUUUUGAUUGACAUUGUAAUUUGAUGUAACUGGUUGUCACUUGGAACAUCUUUUGUCUUUUCUUGACAAAUUACUUUGCCCAUUUCUGGAAGGGAAUUGGAGGGACAUCACAAUCAUAUUACAAUGUGGUUUAUUUGAGGCUUGUGAAGAUAUUUGUAGUCUAGUAAUUGUGGUUGUCUAAAUCUUUAAGACCACUAAUAUUGUGUUUUACGUUUUAUAUUAUGGGUCUAAGAAGUUUUCUCAUUUUCAUCCCCAAACUCAGCCCAAAUGUGGAAAAAUUAAGAUAUUUUUCUUCUGCCUCACCUCUAUCACGUUUGCAAGGCUUGAUGAGGCAAAUGAAGAGCAGAUCGAAGUCAGCUCUUUCUUCAGACUUUAAUCAUGAUUUGCAGAAAGGCUUCAACACAACCUGAAAUAAAUUUGCCAGCAUUUUGAAUUUGAAGUCACAUUAAAUGGUUAUUGAGGAAAAAAUAGCUUUGUUCAAGGCUUAAUGCGAGACUAUGUAACUUUUGUUGAACAGUAGCCACAGUUGCUGCUAGUGACAAUUACAGAAAAUGAUAAGUAGUGCCAAACAUAAAAGCGAAUAAGAGUCAUACAGUCAAUGAAGUGGCUUAGGAAGUGACUCCAUUAUACAGUAAUGUAUCUAGCUAAAGUUUGUAACAUUAGCUAACAUUUAGCAACCAAAAGCUACUGGUCAUACCAGACCAAGUAAGGCUGUAAAAGCAAAACCCCUAAGUGUACUGAAUUGAGCAAUGGUAAAUUUUAUUGCUUAUGAAUUUAAAUUUCUAUUUGUAAGAGGAAUAAUGUGUUAUUUCUUCUUUCAAAAGUUGCAUAGUCUCUCUUUAAAUCAUAUCAGAUCAGUCACUAUGCUAACUAUAAUUUAACUGGAGUGAGCAGUAUGGAUAACACUGGGGAAGAAGCUUUGCACAAAGGUUAAUACCCAAUAGUUCAGACUGAAAGUUUUUUCAUAAUUAAGUGAUGCAUCUUUCUGUAUUCAGCGAUAAACCUUUGUUGUGAUUCAAACCAUAAGACUCCCCAGUGUGAGUUUCCCUUUGGAGGAUUUUACAUUCUGUUGAAUACACAUGCACAGGUUUACAAGUUUAAGAUGGGGAAAGCAAAAUAUAGUUGAUUUUUGACCAUUCUAUUUACCAAGAGGGGACACUGGACAUGUACAUUUAGUCAUAUGAUUUGUUGCUUUAAACCUUUUUCCAAAUGAUUGAUUCCUGGAGCCACAGUUGCAAAAUGAGUGCAAUGACCCACAUUUUCCAGAGAUAAAAUGUUAGAAUGAGAGAGAGAGAAAUCAAAUAUAGAUGACCAGUAUAGAGGGUAAACUGUAAGACACAAGCUUAUAAAGUCACUUUGGUCACUCAUACUUUAUUGUCAUCCGGAUAAACUGUGAUCUCAGUGUGAUGUGAAAGGUUGGUUGGUACAGAAAGCCUAAAUAAGCUUGUUUUUAAUCAACGUUGUAAAAAUUUUUCACUGCCCAAGAUGUAUUAUCAUCAUGUAAAAAGGUCGAUAUGCCUGUGAACAUUCUCCUCUCCCCUCCUUUACUGCAAAGUGUACAGCUCACAAAUGUAGCUCCUCUGUCUUGUAUGUGUAUUUGAUAUUAUUAUUAUUUAAAGAAAAAUCUGGAGAGAAUUAUUGCAAAAGGGAGGGAUGGACUGAUGAUGCACCAUCACAACUGAACAGAGAUUUUAUUUUGUUUUUGUGUUAGAUUGAAGCCAUAAGUGGGAGUACAAGAAGAUGCAUUUGUAAAUUGGAUCAUGUUUUCUGUUUUGUGGCAGUAUGUGGGACUCCAUUUGUGAUGUGUUCAUUUUCUCUUUUUUAUUCUUGUAUUAUGUUUUUGUAAAUACACAGAGAAGUAUUUCAUGGGUUUUGAAUAUGCUACUAUAAAGCUUCUCUUCCCUAA